AUGAAGAUUCUACUGUUGUCUCUUGUACUGGUUCUGGUUUGUGAUGCCCAGCUACCCUUAAUUCAUGAAUUGAGACAGCUUCCAGGACAAUGGAAGACGAUGUAUUUGGCAGCCACCAACUUUGACAAGAUCAGUUAGAAUAGUCCAUUCAGGGGUUAUAUGAGACAUAUCGAUGUGGACAUAGCAAGAAGGAAAAUCUUAUUCAAUUUUUUUUAUCAACUGACUUUACAUGUGGCCCCUCAUUUUGCAGUCAGGUUUACUGAAAUGCCAUGCACGUGUGAUCAAAGGCAUCCACGUGAAGGCAUAGUUCAGGUUGAUGGAGAAUGCACAGAUAAAUCUGUCAUGGGAACAGUACGACAAAACAACGCUAUCAGUGCUGAUUAUGAGGGGAAAAAUGAUUUCCAAAUUGUCGAUAUAACCCCAAGUACUAUGCUAGGCUAUGAUGUCAAUGUGGAUGAAGAAGGGAACACCACAGAAAUAGUUCUAUUGACUGGCAGAGGACAUCAUGUUGAUGAGGAAACGGUUGAAAAAUUCAAGGAGUUGACUAGACAAAAGAAUAUUCCAGAAGAAAAUAUUGUAAAGGUCCUUGAUCCUGGUCACGCCACACUUCCACCUGCGUACAAACUAUCCAUCCUGCUUGAGUGGACUGAAUACCUCAUUUACCCUUUGCCUGUCGGCACCAUGUUCUUCCGUGCCGUGAGCAAUGCAUUCUUCAUGUCUCUUGUGGUAUCUUACGCGUAG